GUUCUUCCCGGUAGUAUAUAAGGCCGAGUGCCGAAAUUAAUAGCGUCACAAAUUUUCAGACCUCUUUUGAAUUGAAUAGAUUUCUAAUAAUCAUGAAGAGCGUUGUAGUUCUUAUUUCUGCGUUGCUUUCGGUCGGAUCAGUACCAGUUCCUCAACAUUUUGUUCCUGGAACAAGGAGUACCUAUCAUGGAAUAUUGGGAACAUUUGAUGUUUCGCCAGUGCCUCAAAUAGCUCACGUUUACUCUCCGUUUGCGCAAACAAUUGGAUAUUCUGGUUACUCUGGCUAUCCAUAUCAGUUUCAUGUAGCUUCACCAGUUGUCAAUUAUUAUACACCAAGUGUUUCCUUCGUGGGCGGUCAUCAGUUUGCUGGCGUACCAUUUUUAGACGCUGUAAAUGUUCCUGCACCAAUUGCUCCCGUUACACCAGUUGAAAGUGUUCCCAAUGUGCCAGAUUCCAUUGCAACUGAAAGUCAUCCACCCACACAAGUUCCAACUGAUAUCCCAACUGAAAACCCACAAGAUACCAUUGAAAAUAUUCAAAAUGACAGUGUGAAUUUGUCGGAUGAUGAUGACACAGUUACCAUUGAAUCCGCAUAAGUCUACUUCCUAUGAAUCUCGAAAUAUUCUGUAACUACUGAUUGAGUAAUGUGUGUGUA